GCUCACUGUGUCUUCGCGGCACCCAAAAAGACUCACCAUCGUCCGCAUCGCGCCUUCCCACCAUGGAGCGUCUCGAGCGUGCGGGGGGCGAGUCUUUGGAAGACGUCUUUCUUCAAGAUAAUCUUGGCUCGACCAUCGCAGAGCAUGCGACACAAUGCCAGUCUCUUUUCCAAAAGUACAUGGGCAUGCCAAAAUUCGUGCCAGACCCGACGAUCAUGGACGACCAGCUGGCACGCUUCUCUCUGUGGGCAUCAAACAUGGAGGUUUACGGGCCGCUCAAUGUCUCGCUGGACUACAGACUGCGAUUCAGUCCCACAGCUACGGACAUCAUACAUCAGCUCCUGGAUAUUAUAUGCGAUGCUUUGCUGUCUUUGAAGCCAAUCGACGACCGACCACCACAAAUUUCGAGCAGAAAGAGACAACGCAUUUCAGCACAUAGCAACUCAGGAGUCACGAGGAGAGCUGACGACGACGACGCAAGCGAUUCAGAGAGUGAUGUCGAUCCAGCAGAAGGGAAUAUUUCGAAGAUUAACGAGACAAUCGGCGGAACAGUGACGCGGCUAUUCCGUUUAUCCAACGCCGUUCGAAAGUCCGCCAAAGCCAACCGGGCUCGCAAGAUCGAAAGGUAUAGAGACGACGAAGAGGCAAACAGGGCCAUAGACGAGUUGCGUCUCUACACCAAAUGCUAUAUUGAGUUCCGAUUCCCGGAGGCGCCGCAGGCGCCCCGCUCAGCAUUAGUCGAGGCCAACGCGUUGCGACUUCGACGGCUGUGUUAUCAGCGCUCCCAUCGAAGGCGCAUUGAUAUGAGUAUUCAGAGCCCUACAACGGCUCCAGCCGUUGUUUCAUACCCCAACAUGACCGGUCAUGCGCCGGCUGUGCGGUUUGCGCCUGUCGCGUUGCCAAAGCCUGCGACGACCAACAGAAUGCCGGCCCCUUUGCCAGUGCCAGCAACGAACGCGACUACUGCUCGACAAACUGACAUUGCGGCCUUGUACGCCAAGUCCACAACUGAGGCCCCCAGGGCUCACUCUGUUCUCGUGAACAGCAAGUUGUCGUUCCCUCCCAUACCGCCGGGGCAGCAGUGUCCAUACUGCGGCGUCAUACUCGAGUUCAAGAACACUGCAAGGUCAUCACUGUGGCAGAAUCAUGUCAUCAAUGACCUGGAGCCUUUUAUUUGUGUAUUUUCACACUGCCUGGAAGGAGGUCACGACGGGCAGGGAACGAGUCCGCUCACAUUCGAAACGUCGAAAGCCUGGCUCGGCCACAUGCAGACUGCCCACGGGCAUGUAUGGGAGUGCAGAGCCCCUUCUCACGAUCCAAUUAUCUUUGAUCAAGAGAUCCAGUACCAGGAGCAUUCUAUCCAGGAGCACAGCGUGCCUGAAGCACACGCCAAGACCCUCAGCAACGCCGCACGGAGGCCAGUACUCGAUAAGGUGCUGGAAUGUCCUUUUAGCGACGAUUUUCAACCCCCGGAUAAGGUCGAAUCGAGCGCUGUCUUCUCGAGUGAAGCUCUCCAGUCACAUGUCGCCGGUCAUAUGAAGGAAAUUGCUCUUCUUACACUGCAAAAGCUUCCCAGCGAUGAUGACGAGAAUGCGCCGAACGUCGAUAGUGACCAGAUAUCAGAAGCUUCUGGAAUUCCACGUUCAUCCAUGGACAGCGUACUGGACGACGAGGACCUCGCUUUCCAAGACGGUGACACUGAGGCUGUGAAUAGCAAGGUGGGACACCGUGAAGAGAAUAUCAUUGCAAGGCCAACAGUACGCGACCUAGUCGACCUAGAGGAGAAGGACGACUUUGGGAUGACGACGCUUCACCACGUGGUGCAGGCAAGUAAUCUGGGCAUGGUUAAGUCCUUGAUCCUGAGUGGCGCAAUAGUGAAUUGUAGGGACGAACAUGGUCAAACGCCCCUGCAUUACGCUGCGGAGAUGGGCUUUAUCGAGUGCAUCGACGUCUUGAUCGAGCACGGUGCGGAUUUACAUAUCACUGACACCUCUGGAUUUUCCCCGUUUCUCUGGGCUAGACUAUUACACUAUGGUGCUGAUGCCAAUUCGAGCAGCGCCGAUGGAAAGUUUGCGCUCCAUUGGGCGGCCAAUUUGGGAUAUUAUUCGACUGCUCGAAUGCUUGUUGAACACCAUCGGACUCGACCUUUGGCAGAAGCGGCAGCUUCUGGCAACCUUCGCACUGAUCCGAACCAUCGUGAUCGUGACGCAGGGGAGGGCUACACGGAGAUUGUGCGUUUGUUGCUGGACGCCGGGGCCAACCCCCAUGCUGUCAGUCUUUAUGGGUAUUCUUCCACCGUGGCCUUGCUUCUCCGGCGAGGAGCCGACUCAUUCAAGUCAACAUCCCAUGGCUGGACUGCACUACACCACGCCGCAUUCAUGGGACACUUCUAUGCCGUCAAAUGCCUCUUGGAAGACGAUCGCAUACGAUCCACUGCCUCUCAGCAGGACGACCACGGCUGUCGAGAUCUAGCCACCCCUCUGACUCUAUUCGACGAAAGCGGCCUUACUGCGGAGGACUGGUUGGGUCGUUGGCCGAAAGGCCAUUCCCAGGAAUAUACCGGUAACGUAGCGUUCUUAAACCUUCGCCAAGCUGUCGUGAUAGGCAACGUCCCCAUGAUCAAACUUCUGGUUAAAUUAGGUCACAAUAUCAAUGGCAUGAACUCUGGAAGGAGGACUGCGCUGUACCACGCCGCGGAGAAGGGCAUGCUUCCUAUCGUGGAUCUGCUUUUGGACCUGGGACGGAAGAGCUGGGAAGAAUUCAUUUCCCGAGGAGGAUACUAUAGGAGAGAUACCGACCCUGAGCUGGAGCGCCAGAUUCGCCAGGUACUUAAAGUGCAUAAUCAGCGGUCCGUGCCGGAUCAACCAGCCUCGACUUUACCAAUGCCGGACCAACCCGUCCCUCGGAGGCCCAAGGGCCGUCCUCAUCUGUCCCAGCGAUUCAACGACCCAGACCUAAGGCAGAGGUACAUCACUACAAGAACGAAGAGGAAUCGGUGGGAAAGGCCCAGGCUUUUCAUGAAUAGGUUAACGAAGCGCGACGAACGCUUGAAGCGAUGGCUCUCAUCAGGGGCGUUUCCGUGUCGCCCUACUCCGCACCGCCUUGGCCUCGAGACCGGCGCCGUAUUCGAGCAGCACCGACACGAUGUCCCUGUGCUGCCCGAUGACCGCGAUAUGGAUUGCUGUCAACAAGCUUCGAUCCUUGAGAUUUGGCCGCCCACGAUGGUCAAGCAGCAGUUCCAGCAUUUCUCAGUGCCUCAGUUGACGGCACAGGGCUGCGGCGUCGGGCCGUAGUUGUCCUUCCGCGACAUUAAGGGGGUUGGCCUACUGAUCAACAACUUUACUCAUAAUCUCAAUUCCCACAGCAUCUGUCACAUACGACCAUACCCAGUGG